AUGAUAGCCAAAGAAAUAAAAUUAAAAAAAAUUGUCAAGAAAGCAUCAUUUUUGAAUGAUUAACUGAUAUAUGUUUAAAUUGGUUUUUCUAUAUAAGGUUCUCAAAUUUUUAUCAGAAAAGUUGGAAAACAGAUAUGGUUUUCAUCUAAAUGAUAAAAAAAGAUUAUAUGUUAUUUUUUGACUUUAUNCAAAAAGUAUUUAUGUUCCUGAAAAAGCAUCUGUUGUUGUUUAUUAGGAUCCUUCCUAUAGUGGAGCAAAAAGUAAAAUUACUAAAAGUAUACCUUGUAUAUCUGAUUGGUUUACUGAUGUUGCUGAAACAGAAAUGUCUGAUAUUAAAUAAUUUCUAUAAAUAAACCAAAUGAAAAGACAUAAAGAUUAAGAAUUCAAAGAAAUUCAUUUAGAAAAUUAAAAACAAUUAAAUAAAUUUAAUAUGGUUUAAUUACCUCGUUGGAAUGAAGCAGCAGAUAAAAUUGAAGUUGUUUAAGCUAUCUAUGAUUCUAAUAGUCCUCCAGUUAAUUCAAUUAAGCAAGAGUUAAGUAAUAUUUUACUUUUAUCAUUUUUAGUAUAAAAAUUAAGUGAAGAAGAAGAAACCUUUCUCAAAAAUAGACAAAUUUAUUGA